AUGUCUUCUGCCGCCCACGCAUCCUCCAACGUCUCCAUCAAUAAAUUCGAUGGGGACAACUAUGCGACUUGGAGUCGAUACAUGCGUGGUGUGUUCCUCACCAAGUCGGUGUGGCAUGUGGUCAACCGGGAGAGCUCCCCGACGUUCGUGGACCCUCGAGCGCAGGACGACUACGUCAAGGCCAGCAACAUCGCGUUUAAAAUGAUGUUGCUGCACAUGGGUGCGGACUACCACCAUAUGGUUGACAAACUGCGAGGAAGCGUGGGUUGCGUGGCAAAUUCUGAAGGUGCUGUACGGUGGGUCCCAGAAAGCGGGAAGGAUCUACCUCAAGCGUCAACUCUUCAGCCUGAAGAUGGAUGA